AUGUGUACACUGUGCAAAAACAGUAGUACAGUACAACAACAGUACUGCAUAUCGACAUGUGAAAAAUCAAAUGUUAUUUUGUAAUUUUGUGUGAUUUUAUUUGUAGAUCAAAGAGCUAGUUAAACUUGAAGCAUAGAAAAAAACUUAUUUUUUUAGAAAACAUUGCGUAUCACGAAGCAAAUCGCGAUGUAAUUGCACAUGAGGGAUUCAAGUGAAGAAACAGUUUUUCGAUUUGAUUCAUUUAUUACACGUGCAUUUUUUACACGUGCGUUUAUCGAAAUAUAUGUACAUACAUAAAGAUUGUAACGUUCCAAUCGCGCCAAUUACUCACGCUUUAUGUCAAUUUUAUUUUUGAGAUUUAUAAUACCGAAAUGUUAUGUAUAUAUGAGUUUAAAUAUGAGAUUUUUGUCAAAUUCUUUUGUUAAGUUCUAAAAUUCACUAAUCUAUGUAAAAUGGGUGAAUAGCAGCAUUACAAGAUGUCUCAUAUUGAAUCGUGUAAGGAUCGGCAGCAAAAUGAAUUAGAAGUUUUGAAGUCCAUUUUUGGUGACGAAUUACGUGAUUUGAGAAAGAACAAGAAUAAAAAAAAAUGGCAACCCUUAGAUAUUGUUGUUACCUUGACCCCACAAAAAGGUAUGUCUGGACCAGCAGAAAUCUAUGCACAAAUAGAUUUACAUAUUAUAUGCAGCGACAAAUAUCCUGAUGAAGUACCAACUAUUCAAUUACAAGAUAGCAGAGGUCUGUCUCAUCAACAAGUGGCAAUUUUAUCAUCGGAACUUGAGAACUUGGCAGAAAAAUUGAAGGGUGAAGUUAUGAUCUUUGAAUUUAGUCAACAUGUUCAAAAAUACUUGCAUGAGCAUAAUAAACCGGGUUAUAGUAGUUUUUAUGAAGAAAUGGUAUCAAGACAUCAGGAAAGGAUACAGUAUGAGAUGCAGGAAAAACAAAUGAAAGAAGAUAAAGAAAGACAGGUACUGCAAGAUGCCAUACAAAAACGUCAGGAAGCUCUGAAAGCCGAGAUGCGUAAUCGAAAAGAAACAAUCCGAUUGGCCACAGAUUCUGAUACUGUCUUUAGAUCCAUACCAUCAUCUCCGCACGAAAAAGGAAUAAGCCGCUUUAGACGUAGAUGCGUUAGCACGUCGGAAAGUUCUGAAGGAUCAUUAUGCGAGCAUAGGGGUACCAAGCUUCUGCAUUUUGACAGUAAUAAAGGUGAAAGACAAGUACAUCGAGGGAAAUGCUUGGGUCACAGUGCAAAAGGUUCUGUGGUAUACGCCGGCGUAGAUAUGACUACUGGAGAAUUAUUGGCUAUCACAGAGUGGACAUUAAAAUGUGCAAUGUCGAAUGAAUGCGAUUCUACUCAAGAAACUAUCGAUAUACAUCACGUCAUGAAGCAAAUUGCUAGUUUGGAACAAGAACUCAAUCAUUUGUACAAACUGCAUCAUCAAAAUCUUGUACAUUAUUUAAAUAUGAAAUAUUUACAGAAUAACAACAAUGUAGUAAUUUACAUACUACAAGAGUUUGUGGUUGGAACCACAUGCUCCGUUUUCUUGAUGGCAAACAUUCCAAUCGAUAUCGACACAUUGAGGUAUUUAGCAAGUGGUGUUCUCGAGGCAUUACGAUAUCUUCAUGAAAAUAAUGUGGUGCAUAAAGAUUUACGCGACACCAGUGUUUAUAUAGAUCGCAUGGGUGUUGUAAGAUUAUCCGAUUACUCUUUAGAUAAGAGAUUAUCAGACAUGUAUCAUUCAAAUUCUUUAGCAAAGACUGAACAUGAUUUUCCAACAAUUCAAGGCCGAGGAGGUAAGAAGGCAGACAUAUACAGGUUUGGAAUCUUAUUGCUUUCAUUGUUAAAAGGAACUAUCAUAUCUGGAGAGGAAAUCGAUCUAACUGAAAUCUCACAGCUUCACUUGAGAGAUUUUAUUUCAAAGUGUCUUAUCGACGACGAGAGAAUGCGUUGGUCCGCGGAACAGCUAUAUCAACAUAGUUUUAUAAAAACGCCGUUAGAACGAGGUUUAUCACCCUUAACGCCGGUUCAUAAUGAAAAAGAGAAAGAUUUAGAACCAGAGGAACCGGAUAACGAUAUUCAAUUGCAUUUGCCGUCGAUGGAUGGACAAUCGCGAAUACAAAACGAAUUUGAAGUUUUAAAAUGGUUAGGAAAAGGAGCCUUUGGCGAUGUCUUGAAAGUGCGAAAUAAAUUAGAUGGUGGGAUCUAUGCUAUCAAACGAAUAAAACUGAAUCCGAAAAAUAAACAACUGAAUAAGAAGAUUACACGCGAAGUGAAAUUGCUCUCAAGAAUGAAUCAUGAAAAUGUUGUACGUUAUUAUAAUUCAUGGAUCGAAAGUGCUACUCUGGAUGAUUCUGCUAGGCAUAAUCAAUUUACACCAGUUACUACAUCUUCAGAUAGAACGGCCACUAUACAAGAUAAAAUAGACAUAGUCAAUCAAUUGGAAAAUGAUGAAAUAGAAAAAUUUGCUCCACCUUUACGCGAUGUGGAAUGGAAUAUAUCGUACGAAUCUCGGGCAAAUGAUACUGAUAGUGAUGAUAACAGUGAUACCUCGACUGAUUCUGAUAGUGAAGAACAUUGCACCUUUUUAAUGCGAACCUUUCUAUGUAUUGAGUCUUCCGAUAGUAUCGAGUUUGAGAGAGAUAGCAUAUCACAUAAGUCUGCAAUGACACCGGAUGUUUCAAAAAAUGAUGCUAAAGACGAUGAAUCUGCUAGUGAAGACGUAACUGUAAAAGAAAUACAAUUUAUGUAUAUACAAAUGGAAUUUUGUGAGAAAAGCACAUUAAGAACUGCCAUAGAUAACGAUUUAUAUGAAGACGAGGAACGUGUCUGGAGAUUAUUUCGAGAGAUUGUAGAAGGUUUAGCACAUAUUCAUCAGCAGGGUAUGAUACAUAGAGAUUUGAAACCUGUAAACAUCUUUCUCGAUAGUAACGAUCAUGUCAAGAUAGGAGACUUUGGAUUAGCCACAACUAAUAUAUUAUCGACGUUAGUUCAGACGAUUGAUGCUGACAAAGAAUCACAAUUCGAGAAAGGUGGAAGUUUUGACAUAGAGGAAUUAGGAUCUCUUACUGGUCAAGUUGGUACAGCUUUAUAUGUAGCUCCUGAACUUUCUGCCAAAACUGCCAAAGCAAUCUACAAUCAAAAAGUGGAUAUUUACAGCUUGGGAAUUAUCUUUUUUGAAAUGACAUAUAAACCGUUAACUACUGGAAUGGAACGCGUAAAAGUUUUAUUGAAUUUACGCUCCAAAGAAAUCAUCUUUCCUUCUGACAUAGUGGAAACAGAUAUGCCACAUCAAGUUCACAUUAUACGCUGGCUGUUGAAUCACGAUCCGAGUCAACGUCCCACCGCCCAAGAAUUGCUCUCUUCUGCGUACUUGCCGCCACCUCAAUUAGAAGAGACGGAAUUGCAAGAAAUGGUGCGCCAUACAUUAUCCAAUACUCAAAGUAAAGCAUACAAAUAUUUAGUGGCAUCGUGUUUCACGCAAGACGUUACGCCGGCCGAGGAUAUUACUUAUGACAUGAAUUUGCCCGCUAGGGGAAUGUCAAGCGUUCUUUCCUCAAAAAAGCAAGUUCUGCAAGAAAACGUGAAGCAAAAGAUCGUCGAGAUAUUUCAAAAGCAUGGCGGAAUAUGUCUCACGACUCCGUUACUAAUGCCCAAGUCCGUUCAGCAUUCUAAUUUUACCGAGCACAGUGUGAAACUGAUGACGCGUACCGGUAGCAUCGUUUCUAUACCGCACGAUCUCCGUACUCCUUUCGCCCGAUACAUUGUGUGGAACAAUAUUUCGCAUAUUCGAAGAUACGCUAUCGAACGUGUCUUCAGAGAUAAAAAGGCUCGAGGAGGAUUUCAUCCAAGGGAAUUGUAUGAAUGCGCUUUCGACAUCAUUAGUCCUAUAGACAACUUAAUGACCGAGGCUGAACUGAUUUUUAUCAUAUGGGAGAUCUUUAAUGAAUUACCGCAGAUCCGCGAAUAUAAUUUCAUUGUGCGUUUGAAUCACACGUCAUUGUUGCAAGCCGUACUGAUGUACUGCGGCGUGGAGAAGGACAAGUAUCAGGAUAUAUAUUCUAUACUGCAGGACGCUCGCGAUGGAAAAUUAACGAAAUUCCAAGUCCAAACGCAUUUGAUAAGCUUGUGCCUUACCGAUCAAGCUAUGGAAACGCUUUUCAAUUUACUCGAAACAGAAAGCUCUGUUGCGAAAAUCUCUAGUGUCUUGAGAACAAUAACGAAAAGAAAAGGGGACGUCGCGGGCUUAGCCAAAGAGGGCUUGAAAGAUAUAGAGGCUGUAAUAUCUAAUGUAGAAGGUUUGGGUGUUAAGUGGCCUAUUACCGUCGUACCUUUAUUAACGUAUAAUGUACAACAAUACAGUGGUGUAAUAUAUCAGAUAACUUGCGAAUUAAAACAUAGACGAAAACGAGGUGGUCAGGAUGUCAUAGCUGCGGGUGGUCGAUAUGAUAAGAUGCUGAUGUCAUUUAGAAAGGUUUUGGAACGUACCGGAAUGGCGAGUAAGGAAACAAAGCAAUACGGCGCUGGUAUCAGCAUAUCAUUAGAUAAAUUGGUAUCUGUCGUUACCGAAGCAUGCGAGAAUCAAAAUGGUGAGAGUAAAUGCGGCUGCAUUGAUGUAGCUGUAUGUUGCGAGAGUGAUCCAGGAAGCGAAGGGAGAAGGGAAAGAGACAUGAUUAAUAUAUUGCGAGAAAUCUGGUCAUUAGGAUUGAAAGUAACGAUAUUGGAUCUAUGUACUAUGGAAGAAAUAUUAGAGUACUGCCGAGAAAAUUCUAUAAGUCAUAUAGUAUUGUUAAGAAAUGGUACAUUAAAGAUACAAACGUGGGAGAGAGAUCGAUUUCAAGAGAAAAAAUGGAAUACUAUACAAGAUAUUAUCGAAUAUUUACAACGACAAUCGGAAACCGCGCUACCGAUAUUAAAUAGAUCUGAAAGUAAAGUGAGCGCGAAUGAUGUAUCGCUAGCGCCGAGUAAUCCGGUCAACGCUAAUAUCAAUUUUAUCCUUUCUGAUCGCGACAAGCUAUCCGGAAGUGGUAGAAGAAGUUUUAAGAAUACUAUAUUAGCACAAAUGUCAUCCUACUUGCAAAGAAUAUCACAUAAAGUUCCUGUAGAAAUCUUUGCAGUUUUUUUGGAAAUGUCCGUUAUAAGAACGAUAAUCAGUUUUCUAGAAAUUGACGAGGAAGAACAGAUAUUUCAAAAGAGCAUUCAAAUCGUGAUAGACAAACAUCCACGGCAUAAAAAAUACAUUAAACAGAUAUGUGAGGAAAUGAAGGAAUUACGAAAUGAAAAAUCAAAGCCUGUAGAGAUAUUAUAUAGUUUAAUAGAUAGUGCAUACAUGACCCUUCUAUAAGUGAUAUUAUCGAAAUCGAAAAAUAUAUUUUUUCAUAAUAAAUGUGAAAUCAUUGAGAUGAUGAGUGAUCGGAAUGUAUGUAUAUCAAUAUAAGACUAGAUACUUAAGUAUUUUUUGUACUGCAUUAUAUAUAUUUGUAAGUGUAAAAUGUUUAAUAAAUAAAAUUACAUAUGUCUUAU